AUGCCUUUUUUUCCUGUUGAGGAGACUGGGGAGCAAAGCGAGGAAAAUGAAAAGGUGCUUGGACGUGUAAAGCAACCCUGAACUGAACUUGACUAGUAGUGGGUAGAGUGUUGUGGGAGAUGCAAAGGGUAGAGGUGGUGAAAAAGUGGACUGAAAUGAAGUUCACUUGCUGUCAGUGCACACCAAGGAAGGGAGCAGAGGAGUUUGACCGUGAUUCCAGUGCGUCUCUACUAAUGGAACAGAUUGGUUCACUGCUGAGAUAUUGAACACCGCUGGUAUUCUUGGCUGUCACUCAUGUGACCUUAAAUUGACCACGUGUGGCAUCUGCCAUGUUGGAGCCCCUCAGAUGUUAAAAGAGCAAGAACUGGAAAGAGAUGCAGUCAAGGUUUUAUGUAUUGUUGUCGGUUGUGGAACCAAAACUGGCAAUAACGUUGUUAUAGGAAUGUUUCAUAUUCCUUCUGUCAUUAAAAAUCAAGGUGAAUAGACGGGAACUGACGACAACAAAGCAGGAGAGGUGGAUUUCGGCAAUUAGUCAAGGUGACAUGGUACACAAAAAUGUCUUAGUGAAAGAGUUUGUGGCUGCCACUUUGUGUCGGGUAGCGCUACUAAGCAGUGGGACAAGCAUAAUGUUGACUGGAUUCCAACAUUGAAGCUUGGAUAAAAGGAAUGUAGAGACAGGAAUUAGAAUACAGUGCAAGAAUGGGCUGAAAUAGUGAAAGCGCGUAGAAAGAGUGCCCUAGAGUGACAGGAACUUGAAGCUGCUGCAAAACGUAAGCAUGUCAGUGAAAGUGGCACAUAAAUCGCUUCUCUUGUCAUGUCUGAAACACAGAGGGUAUCAGUAUCAGUACUUCAGUAUCAGUAUGCUGAUGCAGCAAAUACAAAGAUGGAACCUGAAGAUGCUUCACCGGCCUUUGCAAGUGGAACUCUUGAAUCGCACCAGGGUGAGAAUAGGACAGUUGCUUUAUCUCCACCGGAAAACAAGCAAACACGAAUUGCCUGA